AUGCAGGGACAUCACGCGUCCGACGUCUUGUACGCAAAGAGCGAAGUCUCCCAGACUCCCGACCCUCUCGCCGGUGAACCCACCGACCGACACGGCAUCCCAUUAUCUGUCGCGCACAGCCCGCAGACCGACCUUCCCGUUUGGCAGUUCAUUCAUAAGUUGACGACGCCCCUCUCGAACCCAAAGAGUGGCGAUCACCCGUACACUCACAUCUGCGUCUUAUGUUCGGCCUCUCCACCAAUGCGGGCCACGUCGAAGCGAACAGUCACGUGGCGCGACGCUCUGAUGCGUCAACGGAUGUCCACGAAUGCCGUGGCGCACAUGCAACGCGUUCAUCCGGACGAGUUCGUCACCAUUGCCGACUAUAAGCAACGCAAACGAGAAGCGUUGGUAGAGAAAGCUGCCAAUGGCCCGAACGAACCAAAGAAGAAGAGAGCCAAGCGAACGCCUGGCCCCAAGAAGAAAUCCGCCACUACUCCUGACGAGAACCGGGAAGUAUCGCCACGGAAGCGAACACCCGGCAAGACGACGGACCACGUCAGGACGUGGCUCAUCUCGUCGGGUUUGCCCGUGUCCGUGCUACAAGAUGCCUCCUUGCAGCAACUAUUGAAGCUCUCGAACUCAGCUAUCUCAGCGUUGACGACGGCGUCGACUUUUAAUGCUCAAGUGCAGGAAGAGUUUAUAAAGUUUAGCGGUUUUCUGGACUUGUAUCUAGCUUCGGAGUCUCAAGCUGCUUUGGGGCUGCCGUUUCUAUCGCUUCGACACGAGUUCCGACCUAUCGAUGGAGCUACUGCCGAAGAUGGAGCGAGAGACGACGUUGUGUCGAACCAGGAGAAGGCGUUCCUUAGUGUGGCAGUUGGGUUCAUUGACUCGCAGUGGCGUCGAGUGGACUUGGUGUUGGCAGCGAAGCAAGUGCCGAGAAGUUGGAGUCAACAAGUGAACCAACUUGUGACCCAGACUGUGUCGGACACGUACGGCAUCCCCUCCAUCUCGAAGUAUGCGCGGUUCCACGUGGAUGUCGUGGAGGCCUCGCCGUCGAGUCUUGCGGUUAGUGAAGGGUACGAAGCUUCCACGGACGAGCACGAGGAUGUAUUGACACGCACGUUGCGUCACUGCGUGGUCGAUGCACUGGGUGUCGGACCUACGAGCUCUUUCGGUGGAGAGACGAGUGUUCGUCGCCUUGUCCGAUUACUACAAGAGCUUCUGACGUACUUUGAGGCGCCUGACCGAGCGAAUAUGCUGACGGAAAUCGGGGCUAGGAACGCUCUGUUGCGAGUCAGCUGCUGUCGAUACCGAGCCUACUGCUUGUACUUCCAGUCGUCUAUGAGACCAACAGUAGCGGAGCCCGAGUUGGAGACGGCGUGGACGCAACUGUCCAUGGACGACUGGCAGACUGUGACGGAGAUUGAAGCCAUUUUGAACCACCUGACGCAGUUCCGUCUCGAAGAGCGCGUGGCCUUACGACCAGGAGCAGUGGCGCCUUCCUAUGCGCUUCUGUUCCGACGUCUGCUCUCGGUUACAGUCAGUGUCUCCAGUCUCAAGUGUCUUUCUCUAGAGGACGACGCUGCUGUUGGCUCUUCCUCCGAGAAAUGGACAGCACGACGCAAGGCCAAACGGGUGGACAUGUUUACGUCAACAGGUCGUCAAUGCAUGGAACAGCUUCGAGAGCUGAUCACGCAGCACUUGGCGAGUCCUACAUCCGUGUGUGAAGUGGACGAUGAGAUCAAAGCCAUGUUGCUGGACCCCCGUAUCAGCUCCAAGGCUGGCGAUCUCGUCUCGGACACUCGUGUGCUCCGUCGCGCUCAAGAAGCUUUGCGGCAGGAGCAUCGAGCUAUGAGUUCUCUCUUGAUGGUGGAUGGACCGAAGAACCAGCCGCCUGCUGCUGCGUCGACUACGAGUAGUGGCAGACGCUCAAGUGAUGCUGUGGCUGAGGACGAGGCUCGAGCUUGGCGCGAAUGGCAGCAAGUGUAUGUGGCAUGGGACACUCUUGCAAGUGAGGGAGCAGACCUGUUCGACAAGGGCCAGUACAACUUACUGAAGCUGUAUCAUCACGUGGAUAUCCUCAAGUGGUUCCGUGAAGUUGGUCAGCAGGCCCAUCCGGCGGCGUCUCUGCUCGCUCGCGUGUACCUUGGUCAGCAACGUCCUCCGUCUCGGGCUCUGGGAACGUCGCUGUUGCAGUUUACGAAGCAGGAAGAGGCUGAUUGGGUUACUGGAGCUAUUGAGCGAGCCGAGAAGCGUUGCAUUCUUCACUACAAUUGGCGUCAGUAUCAGCAACUCAGUGCAGACGGAGCGGUUGUUCUAGCCAGGGAUGAAGGCGUCAAGAUUACCACUAUUUGAGCACAAUGGAUAAGGUGCUCACGAAUAUACAUGUAAUAGGUUAACUC